AUGACAGAAAUUACGAAUAUCGCUGGACCGCAACCUCUGCACAGAAAUGUUGCAGAAAAGCUGGCGGAGCUGGAUUCUGUUCCGCUUUUUAUGAAAAGUUUACCUGAAGACACGGACGAUGUAGCGAUCACGGCACUCCAAGAGCUAGCUUACGACGGAACUCCGGAUGAGCAAGCACAGAACUUUAAAGAACAAGGAAAUGAGUACUUUAAGGGCAAACGAUAUCGCGAAGCGCUCGGAUUCUAUAGUCAAGGGGUCAAUGCAAAGCCGACAGACGUUGCCCUUCAGGAAGCAUUACUUUGCAAUCGCGCGGCUUGUAAUUUAGAACUUCAGAAUUAUGGCACUGUGCUAAAGGACUGCUCCAAAGCCCUUACCCUUAAUCCCAAAUCAUCCAAGGCAUACUAUCGCUCAGCGAUGGCCCUGGUAUCGCUACAACGUGUAGAUGAGGCAAUAGACUGUUGCACACGCUGCCUGGAGUAUGAUGCCGAUAACAGUGGUGUUCGCGGAGUUUUAGAACGAACGACCAGGAUCAAAGCAGAAAAGGAGAGAAAGGAGAAAGAGCGCCAGGAGAGAUUGCGAAAGGAACAGGAAGCACAGCGCAAAAUUAACGCCGCGUUCAAAGAACGAAAUAUUGUAGUGGUGCCUAAGCCUGACGGUUCACAAAAUCCGUACGCGCCGCACUUUGACCCAGAGGACCCGACAGGGAAGGCGCUCAUUAUCCCUGUCUUUUUCCUCUAUCCCCAAUAUGCAGCGUCAGAUAUCAUACCUGAAUUUGUUGAGGAUACCCCAUUUGCCGAGCAUUUAAAAGCAAUGUUUCCGCCCAAGGCGGCCCCUCCAGAAUGGGAUCUUAACGGAGAAUAUGUGGAUGGCCAGGUAGUGAUCUACGCAAUGACAAGGCGGAAGCGGUUACUCAAGGUAGGGAAAAAGAUGACAUUAAAAGAUGUUUGCAGAGCCUCAAAAGCAAAGGAGGGCGAAGCGAUAGACGGACUGGAACUGAAGGAUGGAUGUUUGACAUUUGUUCUACUGCCAAAGGGCGAUGUUGAAAAACGUUGGAACCUGCCGGCCCAGCUUCCGGAGGGUGCCGAACCUGACGCAAAUUUUUUAGGGCCAUUCAAGAUGUCCGUCACCACCAAAAUCCUUCGUACCGCCAAUGCGCCCAGCGCACCUCCAGAUGAAAUGGAAACAAGCGUCGCGCAAGCCCUGCUUGACCUCGAAAACAACGUUCCCGAGCUCAAGGCUGAGUUGCGGCCUCUUCAAAUCUCUGCCGUCCGUGAAGUCGAUGUUAGGGGAGGCAAGAAGGCGAUAGUUAUCUUCGUUCCUGUUCCCCAGUUGAAGGCAUUCCACAAGGUGCAGCAGAGGCUCACUCGGGAGUUGGAAAAGAAAUUUUCUGACCGUCAUGUCGUAUUUGUCGCGCAGCGCCGGAUGUUGCGGAAGCCAACCCGUACAUCCCGCGUCAAGCAAAAGCGCCCUCGCAGCCGUACUUUGACGAACGUCCAUGAAAGGAUACUUGAGGACCUGGUGUUCCCCACGGAGAUUGUGGGCAAGCGGACCCGCGUUGCCGUGGACGGCUCAAAGCUUUUGAAAGUCUACCUUGACUCCAAGGACGCCAAUGUCUUGGAAUACAAGCUUGACUCGUUCUCAUCGGUUUAUCGUCGCUUGACCGGCAAAGAUGUCGUCUUUGAGUUUCCCGUAGUGGCGCAGGAGUAG